GCAGAUGCUUCCAUAAGGCUUCCCGACCAGCAUGCUGACACCUCCUGCUCCUCUGAUUUCUUCAUGUCCCUUGCUAGGCCUUGGGCUUCUGCCACCAAUAUUCUGCCACCAAUUUCUGGCUUAGGACAGAGCAGAUGGGAGGGCCACUUCUGGGGUGACCACACCCUCUGGGGGAGGCAUAAAGGGAGAGCCUGGCCCUGACCACCACAGCCCCAGGACCGUCACUAUGAAACCCGGCAGCCUCAUCCCCCUCCUGAUGCUCCUUGCCCUGGAAAUCCUCAUGACCUGGACUGUGGAAGGUGCUAGCAAAGAGAAAGCUAAGCACGGAGCCUGCCCCUUCACACCUCGUGUGAUGUGCCUUGUGUUUGAACCCCCUCAAUGCCAGAGUGACUGGGAUUGUCCGAAGGAACAGAAAUGCUGUCGUGAAUAUUGUGGCAUCAAAUGCGUGGAUCCUGUAGACCCAUCAAAGCCUGUUAAGGUCAAUCCUGGGAAGUGUCCCCUGGUCACUGACCAGUGCAAGAAGCCCAACCCCACAGACAAAUGCCUGAAUGACAGCCACUGCCUGAACAGUCUCAAGUGCUGCAAGGGAGUGUGUGGGAAUUCCUGUGUUAAGCCAGUGAAAGAUGUAUUCUUGCCAGUUCAAUAAGAUUAAGACUUGUUGGUCCGUGUGGUUUGAGUAUUCUUUUUUUUCCCACGCCUGGGAAAAAUAAAAGUGUCUUGAUGAAGGUGUGUCUUCAUGACUGACACUUCCAGGGGGCUAAAGUUGGACCUGUUUUAUCUGUGUGUGCUUGGCACCUGGCAUGAGGUUUGGCACAUGAGAUUAAAUAACUGCUGAUUAGUGAAUAAAUAAAUACACAAGAUUUUCCCUGCA